GAGCAUUUAAAAAGCAGCUUCAGACACCCUCUCACCGCAGUUGAACAAAGUCAACAUGUUGUCCAUUGUGCUGGCAUCUGUGCUCAUCGCUAGCGCCCUCGGGUGCGGCACCCCCGCCAUCGAGCCCGCCGUGACUCGCGUGGUCAACGGAGUGGACGUCGUCCCCAACAGCUGGCCCUGGCAGAUCUCCCUGCAGUAUGAGAGGAGCGGAGAGUGGAGGCACACCUGUGGCGGAUCUCUGAUUGCCACCAACUGGGUCAUGACAGCUGCCCACUGCAUCAACCACGACCUGACCUACAGAGUCUUUGUUGGAAAGCACAACCUGAAACUGGAAGAGGCCGGUUCCAAGGCCAUCACCCCCGCUACCAUCAUUGUUCAUGAGAAGUGGAACCCCAUCUUUGUGGCCUUUGGAAACGACAUUGCCCUGAUCAAGCUCUCCGAGCAUGUGACCCUGAGCGACUCCGUCCAGCUGACCUGCAUCCCCGCCGCCGGAAGCGUCCUCACCCAGGACUACCCCUGCUACAUCACCGGCUGGGGCAGACUCUACACUGGAGGCCCCAUCGCUGAUAACCUGCAGCAGGCACUGAUGCCUGUGGUGGACCACGCCACCUGCACCAAGAACGACUGGUGGGGACCUGCUCUUAGGAACACCAUGGUCUGCGCUGGAGGAGAUGGUGUCGUUGGUGGUUGCAACGGUGACUCUGGCGGCCCCCUGAACUGCAAGAAUGCUGAGGGUAAGUGGGAGGUCCACGGCAUCGCCAGCUUCGUCUCCGGGCUGGGCUGCAACUUCAUUAAGAAGCCCACCGUCUUCACCCGUGUGUCUGGCUUCAAUGACUGGAUUGAUCAGGCUAUGAUGAACAACUAAGCGGAACAUGUUUCAAAUUGCAAUAAACUGGUUUGAAUAACAUA